AUGAGUGAAGGACCUAUUCAAGAUUUUGAAUUCAUUGCCACUCAUAUCAAAGAUUACAUUGAUGAUUAUAAGUUCUUCAAUGUAUUUGAAAUCGAUGAUAUACGUCAAAUCAUGAAAUACGCAAAUUUAAAGUCGGAAGAUUUCAUUUCUCUGCUUGAACAAUCCAGAUCUGCAAUCAAAGCAAAUGAUCUAUAUACAUGCAUUCGAAAUGCCAAAGUUUCAAUUCUUAACUACAAUGAGGCAAUUUCAACACUUAAAUCUAUUCAAAAAUACAUGAAACUAAAUGUAUAG